GAAGUGAAACUUUGUUGUUAUGUUCUAAUUAAUUGAGACUUUAGUGUGAGAGUAUCAAAAUUGUGAUUUCUGAACUUCCGUCGAUUGCCUCCAUAAGGGGACGUGUUUCAUACAGUAAAAUGCACAACUUCGAGAAUUUAUUACGAACGAACGAAACGGUCAAUGUUGCUCAAAUUUCGGGAAUAGCUGCGUAUAGUCUUUGUUUAUAACUCAUAAAAAUUUCAAGUCCGUAUCUUUAUCUUUGCGUAAUAGCCGAUCCCCUUUUAUAGCUAUUUUUCUCGCACUUUUACAUAGCGACAAAUGGAUAUAUCAUAAGAAAUACAAUAUAUCAGUUUGAACGUUUUUACUGCUGAAAAUCGGACGAAUAUAUCUCCGUUUUCAUAAGGACAUUAGAUGCAUUCGAAAAAUAAAGAUUGUCCAACAGAAUGAUAAGAGUAUCGGUAUGAUUAGAUAUGAAAUGAGACAAAAACAAAUCCAUUAGACUCUCCAUUUCUUCGCACGGAUUAUAUAUAUAAUGAAGAAAGUGGAAAAGGCCAAUUCAUUUUCAUUUUACGGUUAAAGCAGCUAACUUCAAGUGAACAAAUCAUAUGGAAUCGUUGAUGUAUAUAGUGAUAGUUAACGACGGCUGCACAGUUUGUGUGGCGUGUGCCACGUGCAGACGACUAAAACUGAGUGUACAAAAUUGAAACUGAGAACGGAGAAUGAAACUCUUUAAACUGAUUGUUCAUCAGAAAAACUUUAGUGGUGAAGAUUUAAUAAUAAAUCCAAAGGAUUAUCCAGGAAUUCAAACAGGAGAUGUCGUCGAAAUCUAUCAUCCUGAGGAUGAAUUUAGUAGGCUGUUGUUGCAAGUCACAGCAUUCAAAGAAGAUCUACAAGGUCGUGAAACAAUUAGCAUUGAGAAUAAUGUAGCGACGAUGUUUCAAUUACGUACAUUCGCCGAUGUUUACAUGAAUAUUGUUAAUCCAAAUGACGUUGCUCUCGAUUCGAUUGAACUUACCUUUAAGGACCAAUAUAUGGGAAGAAGCGAGAUGUGGCGUUUGAAAAACAGUUUGGUAAACACAUGUGUAUACAUGAGUAAAAAAAUAGAAUUCUGCGGUGGAAAUAUAAGAUGCCAGGUAUACGAAAUGUGGUCACAAGGUGAUCGUGUAGCGUGCGGUGUUAUUACCGAUGACACAAAGGUAGUAUUUCGUUCGUCAACGAGUAUGGUUUACCUAUUCAUUCAAAUGAGCUCGGAAAUGUGGGAUUUCGAUAUUCACGGAGAUCUUUAUUUCGAAAAAGCAGUGAAUGGUUUUCUUGCUGAUCUUUUCCAAAAAUGGAAGAAAAGUGGUAGCAAUCACGAAGUGACGAUAGUUCUUUUCUCUCGAACUUUUUACAAUGCCAACAGCUUGGAAGAGUUUCCUAACAACAUGCGAGAAUGUUUGCAACAAGAUUACCGAGGCAGAUUCUACGAAGACUUUUACAGAGUGGCAGUGCAAAAUGAGAGAUUCGAGGACUGGAGUAACAUCCUCGUUCAGCUGAGAAAAUUAUUCACCGAUUAUCAAAAAAUCGUACUCGAGUACCACGAAAAGCCGGAAAUCAAUAUGCCUGAAGCGACAAAUUCCACUGCUGCGCAAGGAAAUUUCUUAGAAGUUCUCAACAUGUCCUUAAAUGUUUUUGAGAAACAUUAUCUGGAUCGAAGUUUCGAUAGAACUGGUCAAUUGUCUGUGGUAAUAACUCCUGGGGUUGGAGUUUUUGAAGUUGAUAGAGAACUCACGAAUGUAACCAAACAACGAAUUAUUGAUAAUGGUGUCGGUAGUGAUUUAGUCUGCGUCGGAGAACAGCCAUUGCACGCUGUUCCAUUGUUGAAGUUUCAUAACAAAGAUGCAUCGAUCAACGUUCCAGACGACUAUAGCAUGCCUCAUUGGAUAAAUUUGAGUUUUUACUCAACAAAUAAAAAGAUGCCUUACUCGACGUUUAUACCACGUAUAAAAUUGCCCCAAAAGAUAUCGAAACAGCCUAUGGAAAAUGGCAAAUUGUUAUGCAAAACAAAACUGCUGCAGGAGGAAACGAGGGAAUGUCUUCAUAAUCCCCUGUUUGAUUACGAUGCCUACGACUCUCAAGUAUUUCAGUUACCGACGAUUCACGCUUCAAGAGCAUCAACAAGAACGAAAAAAACUAGUGUCGCUUGUAUGGAAACCCAUAAUAAUGCCCAAGCUUUGAAAUUACUAAAACGAAAAAUGUCUGACCCUGACAUUCAUCAUCCUGUUCCGGAUGUUCAUCCUCCACCUGCUAUAACUCCUCGAAGCGCUGCCAUUUCCAUUCCUUACAGGAGUGAUGAUGUUGGCAGAAGUGACAGUGACGCAGAAACUCACGGAGUAACGCGAACUUCGGUGAAGAGUGACGUGAUCGAUACUGAAAUUUCCCCGCCAUUUAGGCCGGUAGUGGGUAGUGCCGGAAGUCCUACGAAUCCGAUCGCCCAACCUGUAAAUUUGCAUCGACCCGGCCGAGCGCUCAUAAAUCCUUUCGAUCCGUCACAUGUGACAAUAAAACUAACGAGCAACCGACGUCGUUGGACACACAUUUUUCCAAAAGGUCCUACAGGCGUUCUCAUACAGCAGCAUCAUUAUCAAGCUGUACCGGCACAACCACGUUCCGAACAACAAACCGAUACGAACUCAACUGUGAGUGAUUCACCGAUCGAUCAAACUCUUGGUUCGGCAACGACACAAGGACCAAUUUCUCGAUCAGCAUCGCAAGUGAACUUUCAAGAUCAUGGAAAAUUGAAAACACAGAGGCCAAGUCUCCCACUUACGAGCGUUGACAAAUGUGGUCAAAGCGGUUCGUCAGUCGUUAAUAAAAGUUUGACUCUUUUGUGGGGUGCAACAGGUGAACAAGAGUGGACUCCCGCACUGACAACAGCAAUCAUAGGCGUGGACUGGAAGUCUUUAACUAUCCCCGCAUGUUUGCCCAUCACUACGGAUUAUUUUCCGGACAAGAGAAGUCUUCAGAAUGAUUAUUUAGUCUCCGACUAUAAUCUACUGCCGGAUGACGUUAAUGCUGAUUUUGCUCAACAACGAGCAAUUUACAAAAAACCUCUCACAACUGCGGAAGUUUUCAAAGAACUUGUUUCUCAACGUUUAGCUCAAGGUUUUCAAUUGAUCAUACUUCCACCGAAUAAUGUACAAAAAUCAACGACACCAGGAAGCAACAAUGUGCCGCCAGUGAGUUCUGUUAUGCGUGGUAGACAGACCGAGGCUGAACCCAAGGAAGAAUAUUUGCUGAGUAUUGGCAGGAUUUUUCACAAAAUCUCGCUCUGCGGAAAUUCUAUAACCGUUACGAGAUACAGACCUCGUCACCCUUAUCCACCUUUUAAUAUCCACUAUCGAUAUCGAUUCCACGCCCCUCAUCACGACACUUACGAAGUAUCAUGGGUUUCGUUUACGACGGAAAAACUCGAGAAUUACAACUGGAAUUAUUUGGAUCACUAUAUCUGCACGAGGGGAGACACGGAUUUUACUCUAGUCGAGGCAUUGAAAUACUGGCGAUUCCGGAUGUUUCUCUUGCCUCUGAAUAACUUGGCAACCCGAAGAAUAUUGGAAGGUUCUUCGAGAUGUGAUAUUUAUACGCCACCGACGAAUCACGAGCAGGCUCAAUUGAUGGACGGUUUUUUACGAUUUAUUGAGGGUUAUUUGAACAAAAUACGUCGGCCCAAUCCCAACAAAAAUUGGGGCACGAGGCGUUCUUACCUUCGUAAAGGAAGUGUUCGUAGUUUCGACAGCAGCGGAAUUAUCGUAGAUAUUAUUAGCCCGACAGCUAUGGGUGGUACUCGUGAGAAUACCCGAGAUCCUGCGACACACUUGACACGACGCAGGCACAGCACGAGCCUGAUCACCCUCACUAACCAGACAAAUCUAGUUGGAAGUUCUCCUUUCCGGGAACGACUGGGAAGCAACCGCCUACCUGAAAAGCCCAGACCAAGAUCAGGAUCGAAAGUGAUGGAUCGAGGAAGAGUUUCGCCAGCCAGUGAGGCUGUUCUCCCCCUUGCUUUGGAAACGUCGCAACAGGAAUACUCAGACGUCACUGAAGAAAACUCCAACACCGAGGUCACGAAAAUCAAGAGCAACACUCCUAACAGCGAAAUUUUAGAAGCUAUGAGAAAUCUACAAACAGGAGUCGGUUUUCUCACCCAGCAUCCAUCCUUGCCUAGUCAAACUUUCGUCAGUGCCGACGCUGUACAAUGGCUUAAUAAACAUAUCGAAGGCGGUGUCACAGUCGAGAACGCUAUAAAAAUCAUGAAGGGUAUGAUUACGGAUCGAUUGAUAUGUCACGCUUCCGGAGAUUUUUCAAAGCCUUUUAUCCUCGGAUUCUACCUUUACUACAUAGUCCAGGAUAAAGAUGCGCAAAAAGCCGCCGAUUACUCGCCGCCACUUUGCGAUCUUCAGAGCUUCGAAAACGAAUGGGUCGAGGUUGAGAUGAAAGCCCCGGAAGGAUGGUGCGAACCAUCAGCGACGACACUUGGGACAAGCGUUUCGACUCCGAUGUCGAUCCCGAGUUGCGAAAACAUCGAUGAAUCUAACAUUCCAUCAUUUUUACGUGACGAGCUUGAAAUCACAGAUACGAGUGACAAAGAUUGGCGGGUUCCACCUUACAAACACACUCAUCUCGACAUAGACUUGAUCAAUCGAAGCGAUAGAAUCGAAUGGGGCCAUUUAAGGUACCAAUCACUAUUUAGGUCAGAUCGGUCGUACGAACUCGUUGUGCAAUGGGUCGCUUCCUCCGGAAGUAUUGUCGCUGAGCUUAUUUUUCAAUGGCAGCGGAAGGCCCAAAUGUGGGGUAUUCAAGUCGUACCAAUACCAAGCGAUCUACUCGCACUUCCGUACACUCUUAAGAGUGAUCCACUACGAGGACCAAUUUUCAUUCCACUGGAUACCGAAUGUCUCAUGGUGAACAAGCGUUAUCUCUUCGAAGAAUUUCGAGAAGACACGUACGCUCAACGAUUGUUCCUGUUACAAGAAGCAAUACUCCAAAGAUUUGGUUUUAUACCUUGCCAGCUCGAAAAUAGCGAAAACGAUCAUCAAUACGUUCACAUUACGGGAAAUGUUUUCGUGCUCGUGCCAUCGACAGUAUCAACGAGACCGAGACCUCGAACUGGAACAAGUAUCGUGAGAAGAUCAACAGGACAAAAAAGAUAUCCUGUUCAUCCUGACCAACCAAGUCCUCAUGAAGCUUAUAUAACAAGGCAUGUCAGUGGGAAAAACAAGGAUGACUACAGUAUGGAUCGAAGGAUGGGAUUUCUAUGGUCAUGGAAUCACAUGGUCAGCAGAAAAUGGAAAUCAAUUUCCACGUCAGCUGGCGAUGAGAUAUUUCAGAAGAAAAUCAUUCAAGAUUUCAGACAUUUUUGUUCGAACGGAGACAACAGAUUGAAACUUUUCUGGGAAUCUUGCUGGGAGUUGAAGGAGAAAUCUUGUACAAGAGUCCACGAAAAUUAAGCUCCCAAUUAUUAUUUGUACAAAAUGCCUAUAUCUGAACCGUCGACAAAUACUUGACUCGUUCAUUGCAAAAUUAAUAUUUUAUUCUGUAAUUAUUGUUGAUACAUUUAUAGUUGUUGUAAUAAAAGUAAUAAAAAAAAAAAUGAAAUUGUU